AUGACAACUCUACUUCCGCGGGGUGCAUACUCCAAGGAGGAGCUCGAGAAGCUUUAUCCCAAGGGGCUGGAGCUGCAGUUGGUCCAAGUGGUAUGUUCUGUCAAUCUAGGUGAACGAACACCUGUGUCUGCCAGAUUCCAGAACGUACGUUUUACAACCGAUUGGCCGUAUUGCAACUUAGCAAAGCGGUUUGUAGCGAUAGCUGCAGCCGGAACUAGUUUGACAGAAUGGGACGAAUUUCACUGGCGUCGAAAGAUCGAGAAAUUCGGGAAUAAUGACCAAGCAUUACUUUCAGUGGGACCGGCUGGAGAACCUGAUGGCAUCUGUCAGCUUGGUGAAUUGACCGACAAAGGACGUCAAACCACUCUCGCCCUAGGUCGUCGAUUAAGAUAUCUCUAUGUCGAGCAGCUCGGGUAUAUGCCUAAAAUUAUAUCGAAUGCAGACCAUAUGUACCUUCGUGCCACACCCGUUCCGCGAGCCCUUGAGUCGCUUCAGCAAACUUUCUGGGGGAUGUACCCAGCGAGCGCUAGGACUUCCGAUUUUGAGAACCCUACGAUCGUCCAGAGGACACCCGCAGAGGAGACACUAUACCCAAAUGAAGGAAACUGUCAUCGCUUCAGGCAGCUGGCCAGAUUGUUUGCCCAACGUGCGGCUGAAAGAUGGAAUGAGUCCGAACAGAUGGACUACCUGAAUUCUAUCUGGUCCAAGUGGAUGCCCCAAAGCUCUCCUCGCGUAGCAGUUGAUUCCCGGCCACGCUUGUCCGGUAUUCUUGAUACAAUCAACUCGACCAUGGCACAUGGUCCCGAGACCCGUCUUCCCUCAGAAUUCUAUGACACCAAAGGUUACGGCAUUGCUGACCAAAUAGCCACGGAUGAAUGGUUUGCUGGAUACAAGGAAAGCAAGGAAUAUCGCAAACUUGGAAUUGGUGCGCUAAUGGGUGAUAUCGUGGAUAGAAUGGUCGCUGCCAGCGUUAGUGGCGGCUGGUGGCCUACCACAGAUACGAAGCGAGAGCACGGGCCGCCUGUCAAGUUUGCAAUCAGCGGAUGCCAUGAUACCACAAUUGCUGCUAUCUUAACGAGUCUAGGUGCUUUUGACAACGGGAAAUGGCCUCCCUAUACAUCCAACAUCGCAAUUGAGCUAUUCAAGGACGUUGACGGGCAUCACCACAAAGCCCAUGUAGGAGAUAUCCUCGAAGAAUUAUCCAACCCUCUACCCGAAAACAAUAGCAAGAACAACGACAGCAAACCAUCGUCACUGCUGUCUUUCUUCCGUCGCUCGGCCACAACAUCCAGCACAGCGCUAACAGAGCCUUCCGACGUAGCAAGGACUCCAGUUUCGAAACUUCCUCCACUCCAUAAACAUUAUGUUCGUAUCCGCUACAACGACCAGCCCGUAGCCAUACCUGGCUGCGCAGCCAAGCCCGCAAAUCAUCUACCAGGAGAGCCGACAUUCUGUACUCUUGAAGCUUUCAAGCAGAUUGUUGAUAAAUUUACGCCGGGAAAUUGGAGAGAGGAAUGUGGGUGGAAUACAGAUAAGGGUAUGUUUGCGGAAGGGGAGGAUAGGGCUGGCUAUUAG